AUGAAUAACCAAGAAUCUCUAGAUAAAGUAUUACAGCUAGGAUAACAAUAUGAAGAAUAGUAUAAAUCUAUUUCAAAGUAGGAUAUAACAAAGAAAAUAAAUAUAAAAUGCUAUUGAAAUUGUAAAUCAAACUGAAUAACAGAUUCUCAAAGACAGAAAAGAAGUUGAAAAAUACUUAUAACCGAAAUGA